AUGUCUAACCUUACCUGGUGCGAACCUGUUGUCAGCCAACCGCUCGAUGCUUAUCAGAUUAGCUCCAAUGAGCCUUUACCUCCUGCUUCCACGCAAACAGUAGCUGCUAUUGCCGCAUGUUCGAGCUUGCCGUUGACUAAGCCUAACUAUCAGCCGACUGGAAGUUCUGUUGCAGCAUUUCUUGCGAGCAGCUGCGAAAAUGCUGUGAGCCCUACACGCGAUUCUCCAAGCCAUCCUAUGUCGGUCUCAGCCAAUAGAAGGCCCCAGGACAGCACUGGUUACGCGACUUUGACACGGUUGGACUCGGCCAGCAGCAGAGCUCAGGAAAUCCUAGGCAGCAGAACAUCGACAGCUGUCCCUUCUGGUGCCUGCUCAGACUCAGCCAGUGGAAGAAAUACAAGCAACGCCACUUCAUCAGCUACCCUGCUAGCUGGCGGGCUGCUCAAGGAGAAGGGCGCAGGCGCGGCAUCUGCUGAGGCAGCCAACGGUGUUGUUUCUGCACAAGGCACCCACACUGCCGCCGGCCCUACAGCUACUGCUGCGGGCAAUGGCUCUAUGACCGUGAGUCAGUCUGGGCCGAUUCCCUUGGCGCCUUCGUCUGCCAACAACGCCGCUCCUCCUGUGUGCCUUCCUUUGAUAAAGAAAAAGAGGUCAGAGAUGGGUCAAGCAGAGAAGGCCGCUGCGCGUAAAGCUGCAUUGGCUCGUGCAGAGAAGCUUUCUCUGGAUCUUGAGCGCCUUUUGGUUGAUCAGAAUGAGCUCAAGGCAAAAGUUGCGGAGGAGAAUAACAUCACCGUUGCGCGUGUAUCCACGCUGUUGAACCAGGUAUCAGCCCGCACUGGUUCAAAAAAGGCUUCCGACUACAACGUCCUGGUGUUCCUAAAGACCCAGGAGCUCAAUGCUUUGCGCCCUGCUGGAGCCAAGUUUUCACUCAAAGAUAUCCACGCUGCCGUUAAAGAGGACGAGGAGCUUAUGGAGGCUCUUAAAGACCCUGAGCUCAUGGCUGAGUAUCCAAGAGGCAUGUUGCUUAAUUUUUUCUUCGCUCUGAUGUUUGCUAAACUCAAACCGCGCACUGCUCAGGCUGAUUUUCUUGUUGAUGCAACUGGUGCAGCAGUUUUUGGAAUCGUUGCUCGCGGAUCCUUUGAAUCUUCAGUGACAAGCUCGUUCUUUGGCCGGGGUCCAGCUGACGCCUUCCUCCGCAAAUACUUUGGGAAAGGAAUUCAGGAGGUAACUGACCUUUUUGAAGCCUAUGUCUGCACGGCAGAAAAGAUGGGAACCCGAAAGCUCUACCAGUCUGAGAUGAUUAGUGAGGUUGUUCGACUCAUUACUCAAGGCCUCCGCGAGGUUACUGGCAUCUCAUCCUUAACCAUGAGCUAUGCAAAUUUUAACAAGCUUAUACUCGUUCCGUACAAGGUUGAUGUCACCGGGUGGCCUGAAGAUGUGGACCGGAUAUAUCCACAAAAGCUCUCUGCCGAGGCUGUCAGGACGUUACAUGACGCCUGGACUAAUGGGACUGCCCACUGGAUCCGCCUGGGCGCCCAGGAGUAUCGCGCUCGGCUGCAUGCGCUCAACUCUGAGGGAAAACUUGACCCUAAACCGCGGCAACAUCGUAGCGACAUGGGUGGUAAACACCAAAAGCGCAAAUCUACCGAGGCUCAUGGCAGUGGUGACGACAGCGAUAGCGAAAACCAUGGCGAGGAAGACCUACCUCCCAUCCCCCCAAAAAAGAAAACCAAGCCUUCGAAUCGCCAAUCAAGGCAAGGGCAGGCAUUAGCUACCACAGAGCCAGAUGGUGGAGGCGGUUCAAAAAAGUCUUCGUCCUCCAAGAGAAAGGCCACCAACGGCUCUGGGAAGUCCACUCGUGGGAGGGGAGCCAAGGGAAGGCAUGGGAAGCAGGGAAAAAGCAAGGGACUCAGCAGUGAUGACAAUGGCUAUGAAACUGGCGCCGACGAUCAGGCGUCUCAGGAUGAGUAG